AUGAACGAGGAGGCGGAGGAGUCGCAGAUGCCCGAGCAGGAGCAGGAGCAGGAGCAGGGGCAGCAGGAGGAGGAGCAGGUGCAGCAACAAGAGAUGCAACAGGCAGGAAAGCCAGAGGAAGAGGAGAUGCAGCAGGAUGAGGAGAUGGAGGUUGAGGAGCAGCAGAAACAGGAGGAAAGACAGUCUGAGGAGGAGCAGCAGGCGGAGGAGGCGCUACAGAAAGAGGAGGAGCGGUCUGAGGAGGAGCAGCAGCGGCAGAGUGAGGAGGUGCAGGACUUGCUGGAUGUUCUGGAGCAGAACCACAACAACCAGGUCCUGAUUCGACUGAGAGGAAUGCAGAAAUAUAAAAGUGCAUCGCAGAGGCUGAAGGGGGUCCUGGAGCAGAUGGACCGCGGCAUCGUGGACCUGCAGGAGCUCCGCAGGAACCUGGAGCUCGCUGCUGCCAUGUUGGACGCUGUUUACACCGAUGAGACCAGGCGUCUGUUGGACACGGAGGACGAGCUCAGCGACUUGCAGGCAGAGUCGGUGCCCAGCGAGGUACGCGAUUGGCUGGCAUGUACCUUCAGCAGGAGGAUGGGCUUGGCCAAGCGUCGUCCCGAGGAGAAGCCGAGAUUCAGGAGCAUUGUCCACGCAGUGCAGGCCGGGAUCUUCGUAGAGAGGAUGUACAGACGGACAUCCAACAUGGCCGGUCUGACCUAUCCUCCCACCGCUUUGACAGCUCUGAAGGAAGUGGACCAGUGGUCGUUUGAUGUUUUUUCCUUCCACGAGGCCACCGCAGACCACGCCCUCAAGUUCCUGGUCUACGACCUGCUGACCCGCUAUGACCUCAUCAACAGGUUCAGGAUCCCAGUGCAGGCUCUGGUGCAGUUUGUCGAAGCCCUGGAGACUGGCUACAGCAAACACAGGAACCCCUACCACAACCUCAUCCACGCCGCUGAUGUCACUCAGACCGCCCACUUCCUUAUGCUACACACUGGACUCAUGCACUGGCUCAGCGAACUGGAGAUUCUCGCGAUGGUUUUCGCUGCAGCGAUUCACGACUUCGAACACACUGGAACCACCAACAACUUCCACAUCCACACCAGGUCGGAGGUGGCCAUUCUGUACAACGACAGGUCGGUGCUGGAGAACCAUCACGUCAGCGCUGCCUACAGGCUGAUGGCAGAGGAGGACAUGAACAUCCUGGUCAACCUGAACAAGGACGACUGGAGGGAGCUGAGGUCUCUGGUGAUAGAGAUGGUGAUGUCCACAGACAUGUCCUGUCACUUCCAGCAGAUCAAGACCAUGAGGAACGCCCUGACACAGACACACAGCAUAGACAAAGUGAAGGUUUUGUCUCUGAUGCUUCACGCUGCAGACAUCAGUCAUCCGGCCAAAGCCUGGCCGCUGCACUACCGCUGGACUCACAGUCUGAUGGAGGAGUUCUUUAGACAGGGAGAUAAAGAGGUGGAACUCGGCCUUCCUUUUUCUCCUCUCUGUGACCGCAAGGCUACCAUGAUCGCCCAAUCACAGAUAGGUUUCAUAGACUUCAUCGUGGAGCCGACCUUCAGUGUUCUGAUCGACACAACAGAGAAGGUGAUUGGUCCUCUGAUAGAAGAGGACAGGAAGGCCAGAGAGACUGGAAACAGGAGGUCCAGUUUAACAGGAAGUGGCUCCGUUACCGUGGAGUCGGUGCAGAGACAUAGUAGCGGUCGCCAGGGAAACAGUGACGAUGGACAGAUGGACUUUUCUCUGACCGCCAUCGACCUGCCGGCUCUGAGGCUCCACCUAUCCGGCGUCAUCGCCAGCAACAAGGACCGCUGGAAAGAGCUGUCUGUGCAGGAGCUGGCCAGUAAGGAGCAAGAGGAACAAGAGAGGGUGGAGUCCAACAUCAACCCGGACAUCCAGUCGCACGCCUCACCCAACCACAGCAUCCCUGAUGGACACACCUCCGACCACUCACAGAACUCAGACAGCUCCCCACCUGAUGAGACCCACGACGACGAGUCACCUGACCACGUGCCUGCAGAGCACCUGACCUGGAAUGGGGCAGGGCCUGGCGAGGACAAGGAGGAGGACGAUGACGAAGUGCCUGAAAACGCCUGA